UGGAAGCUUUAACAUUCCCUCCUUCUUCAGGGAAAUCUUUCAUUAUGGGAACAGAUGAAGCCCUUGAAAAUGAGCUGGGUCUUGGAGAGCUGGCAGGCCUUACAGUAGCCAAUGAGGCUGAUUCGCUGACUUAUGAUAUAGCAAACAAUAAGGAUGCAUUGAGAAAGACUUGGAACCCCAAAUUCACAUUAAGAAGUCACUUUGAUGGAAUAAGAGGUCUUGCUUUUCAUCCGGUUGAACCAGUCUUAAUAACAGCUUCAGAGGACCAUACAUUAAAAAUGUGGAAUUUACAAAAAACAGCCCCAGCAAAAAAGAGUGCUUCUCUUGAUGUAGAGCCAAUAUAUACCUUCAGAGCACAUACUGGACCAGUUCUCUGUGUGGUGAUGAGCAGUAAUGGUGAACAGUGCUACAGUGGGGGAACAGAUGGCCUCAUCCAUGGCUGGAACACAACCAACCCAAACAUCGACCCCUAUGACUCUUAUGAUCCUUCUGUUCUAAGAGGUGCUUUUGUGGGCCACACGGAUGCAGUGUGGGGUCUGGUUUACAGUGGAGCACACCAGCGCCUGCUGUCCUGUUCAGCAGACGGCACUGUGCGCCUGUGGAAAGCUACAGAAGUUGCUCCAGCUCUCAAUGUAUUUAAUGAUAAUCAAGAAAUGGGAAUCCCUUUGUCAGUAGAUCUUGUGAGCAGUGACCCAAGCCUCAUGGUAACAUCAUUUAAUAGUGGACACACUAGCAUUUUUAACAUGGAGACACGACAACGAAUUCUUACCCUGGAGUCCAGUGUGGAUACUACAGUCAGUUCCUCCUGUCAGAUAAACAGAGUCAUCAGCCAUCCAACUCUUCCAAUUAGUAUCACUGCUCAUGAAGACAGACACAUCAAAUUCUAUGAUAACAAUACAGGAAAAUUGAUCCACUCCAUGGUCGCUCACUUAGAUGCAGUUACAAGUUUAGCUGUUGAUCCUAAUGGCUUGUAUUUGAUGUCUGGCAGUCAUGACUGUUCGAUUCGCUUGUGGAAUCUUGAAAGCAAGACCUGCAUCCAAGAAUUUACUGCUCAUCGCAAAAAAUUUGAUGAGUCCAUUCACGAUGUGGCAUUCCACCCCUCCAAAUGUUAUAUUGCCAGUGCAGGAGCAGAUGCCCUGGCUAAAGUGUUCGUAUGACAGCGUGUUUCCCUUUCAGCUCUAGCUUUGUAUAUAUUUAACCAGCUGCACAAAAGAGGAGGGCAUGAGUCUUAUUCUGCCCUAUAAUUCAGAGAAUGUUUGUAAGUGUUUAGUUUUGCAGGGUGCUGUUUUCUAAAUUGACAUUUGUUCUGGUUUCUGUGAGCUCAGCUGGUGCUGAGAGCGUGGAAUCUCUCAGUUUCAAAUAGAUUUAAAAAAAAAAAAAAA